AAGAUUAAAGCAGUGCUGUCUCUUUCCUUUAAGUGAAAGCUCAAUCUGAAGUUCAACUAUUUCUUUCUCUAGUAGUAUGUUGUCAUAAGUUAAAUAUUCUAAUGUUUUCUUUAGUGCUGUUUUUUUCGACAUUUUUUUUAACUGAACUGUCAAGACAAACGAAGACACUACACGCUGAAAUCUGAUUUAAAUUAUCUCAAUGGAAAACUAGUUAUCCACUUUAAUAUGUAACAUGCUGGUAAACAAAGUGGACACAUGUAUUAUCAAUUCACGUGAAACACUUUCACCGAUUGAAUUGUAUCGUAAUAGGUUUCUACUGACAGCGGACGCGAAAGCAGCGCUGACAGCGGACUACGCGCCCAUUCGCGCCGCGGAGCGAGGAUGCGAUUCUAAAUCGAUUCUUUCGAAGAACGAUUACGAGCAGAUUAGGGAGUUUGUGUUCGCCAUAGCGUUAGCACUAUCUCUUUUCUGCGCAUACUCAGAUGUACUAAAGUGGUGCGAAAUCUAAACUACGCAUGAGCAGAAGAUCGAUAGAACUUUAACGUCCGAGGUGGCACAAACUCCCUGUCGGCUGCAUGUAUUUACUCCAUGGCACGAAGUCCGUGAAAAUGCACCUUGAAACGUAAGUUGGUAAUACUGUAAGCGCGGGAAUACGCACUGUAUACGCAGAGAAUUAAGCAACAUGGAGUGAUCCAAACAGGAAGCUCUUUUUGGCUGUCUCUGAAAGUUAGCAAGAGUACCGUAGAUAUACACCAAUAUUCACUUUCAUGGUAGAGGUCUACCAUCAACUUGGCCCACUUGUAUCGAGUGUCCAUCAUGGAAAACAAGGAAAAUCGUAAAAUGAGGCAAAAUAAGUUUCAAAACGUGUCAUCGCUGGCAGACAUUGAGCAGGAAAAUCGUGUCACGAUUUCGUACAUAAAGGAAAGAUGCCCAAAGGAACGAGAACUUAAUGCUCUAAAAGAAGAGUUUGAACAGAUAGAAAGUGCAGAAGAGAAAAUGAGGCAACAAUUUACUGAAAAACAAAAAAAUAUAUUACAAAUCGAUGAAGACAAUACCUUUCGAUCCAAUGCUUAUAAAAAUAACAAGGAUCAUGAAAAGCAGUUGAGGAAAAGUGUUCACUCUCUAAAAAAUGAAAUUGGCCUGUUAAACCGUGAUCCUCUAACCGAAAGAGAUCAAGAGAAAUUAUUGAUAUGCAAGAAGAAGUUGGUGUGGUAUGAAAAGUGCACUGGAGUUUUUUUUGAUUUUUCAAGUAAAGAUCCAAUUAAAGGGCGUAUCCUUUACAUUCACAUGUAUUUAGCCCGCUGCAAGCGAGGUCGGGUGUCAGCAGCGCCGAGCAGCCACGGGGUGGACGAAGAAGAGAAACGCAUAAGAAAACGUAAAGGCGAAUUGUCGCCUGUUUUCCAGAUCGACUGGGCUGGAGCACCGCCGUCACUCAGAAGCGGAGCUAGGCGCAAGAUGGCGACCGUCUUGCGGUCGUGUUCGUGUUGUCUUCAGUUCAAGUUAAGCCCAGAAGAAAUAGAACAGAGACAUAAAAGUCAAGAAAUUGACAGAUUGUUGGAGAAAGAGAAGCAAGCUCUCAGACGGCAAGUUAAAUUACUGUUACUUGGUGCUGGUGAGAGUGGGAAAUCGACUUUCCUCAAACAAAUGAGAAUUAUCCAUGGGGUAAAGUUCGAGCCUGAGUUGCUUAAAGAGUAUCAGCAUAUCAUUUAUCAAAAUGUAUUGAGAGGCAUGAAGGUUUUAGUGGAUGCUCGAAACAAACUAAACAUCCCUUGGGGAAAUUUGUCUAAUGCGGAUUAUGGGCACGAAGUUAUGAAAUCUGAUAAUAGUGCUAUGUUAGAUGCGAGACUUUUUGUGAAUUAUGCCCCUUUAAUUCGUAGUUUGUGGCAAGAUACAGGAAUUCGAAGAGCAUUCGAAAGACGCAGGGAAUUUCAAAUGAUUGAUUCUCUUCCUUAUUUUUGUGAGAAUUUGGAAAGGAUUGCUAGAACGGACUAUGUUCCAAAUCACCAGGACAUUUUGCAUGCCAGAAAAGCAACAGAAGGUGUAUCAGAAGUAGUAGUUCACAUAAAUGACAUUCCAUUCAGAUUUGUGGAUGUUGGAGGUCAAAGAUCCCAGAGGCAGAAAUGGGUUCAGUGUUUUGACAGUGUCACAUCAAUUUUAUUUCUAGUCUCCUCUUCAGAAUAUGAUCAAGUCAUCUGGGAAGACAAAACUACAAACAGACUGGAAGAAUCUCGGACUAUUUUUGCAACAAUUGUGAAUAACAUGGUGUUUCGAGAAGUAUCAAUCAUUUUGUUUAUCAACAAGACUGAUCUCUUGGCGCAAAAAUUGCAGAGUGGUGAAUCAGACAUUCGUACUUUCUUUCCUCAGUUUGAAGGAAGCUCUUGGAAUCUUGCUGAUGUGCAAAAAUUUAUUUUGUCUUUAUUUCUUGUUUUAAAGAGAGAUCCUAGACGAGUUUUGUUUCAUCACUUCACCACAGCAGUUGAUACUGAAAAUAUCAAACUUGUGUUCAAUGCUGUUAAAGAUACUAUUUUAUUUCGAAACUUAGAAUCUCUCAUGUUACAGUGAUUAUAUUUUGUUUUGGUUAAUGUUUACGAAAUGUGUUAUGUGCCAGACAGCAUUCUUACAUAUUUUAAAUUUAUAUUGAAAUGAUCCAGAUCUGAUUACCUGGAUAUAUCCAAAUUUUGUUAAGCUCAGCGUACACAUCUUAAACAUUAUUUCACUAGCUUGGUGCUUUGUAUGUUUAUAUUUGUAUAAUAAUUAAUGCAGUCUCCAACCUGCAACUUAAAACCGUGAUUUUAUACUGGAAUGCUAAUUCGUAUAAACCUUUUAUGAUAUGCCCCUUUUGAUGCUUCAUUGUGAUUUAAAAAUAUUAAAAACUUCAAGAAAUUUAUUUUACAGUAAAUUCUUGAAUCUACUUAAUCAUCAAACUAGUUUUUUUUCUCAAAAUAUACAACUUUUGUUGUAAUCAACUUUGUAAUUACAUUUUCUACUUACUUCUCUGCAGUAUUUUUGCAACCCGUGAACACUUCCUAACUGAACCAUUUAUGUACCAGAAGUGUAAAAAGCAAGAAAAAUUAAACUUACAAAUUGACGUUUAUAUUGGAGACAGCUAAAUGGUGUUGUUAAUGAAUAUAAGAAGACUGAAAUCUCUAUUACCUGUAACUAUUGUUAUAUUAGUGAAGAAAUUAUAUUUCCUAUGGUUCCCCUGUAGAUAUUGAUAACUGAGGUAAAUGAGAGAACUUCAACACUUAAGGUACAUUCCAUAUGAUAAAUCAUUUCAUUAUUUUUAUCUUGAGAGAAGUUUAUUUUCAGAAACAUUUUUGAUAAGCUUUUGGAGUUCUCAGUAUUGAUGGGUUUUUGGCAUUAAAAGUGUCUGGAAGGUGGUUUUUGAUGUUUUUUACCUCAAUAAAUGGAUACUCUUAAAGAUAUUAGGUCUGUCUCAAUUUGUUUUUGAUUAAUUUUUUUAAUAUAUUUUCACAAAUUAUAUGAAUCACUAGUGGCAUAAAAGUAAUGUAGGCUAAUUUGUAUUCAAAUGUUCUGCUAUUUUUAGUUACAGGAAUUGUGUUAAACAUAAGACAAUGACAUUACAGUUGAACACUGCAGUUGUAAAUGUUCUGGCAGCUGAAAUGUCAUAAAUUAAUGUCUGUAGUUGGCAACUGAAUUUUGAAAUAAGAUUUUCUUACACAUUCAUGUUUUUAAAAUAAUUUUCAUUGCAUUCUAUUGUUCAUUAAAGCAUAACUACUGUUUACUUAUCCUCAGAGGGAAAUUAAUAGAACUUGAGUGCCUGGUUCAGUUUCCCACAUUUGUUAAUUCUGUUGACAGUUAAUUAAAAUAUUACUUGUUUUCCUCAUUUUGUAAAUAUUUUAUGUAUACCUGUAUAUAUGCAUACCAAAGUUGUUAUUUUUAAUGUUCAUGUUCAAAUUUGUAUAGAAAUAAUGUAAAUAUAAUAAAAAUGUUAAUGUAAUGCUCAAAAUCUCAGAUUGAAUGUUAGCUAAACAGCCUUGUUAUAUUCAAUGUUGCCAAGUUCUUUAAAAUUUUGUGGUCAUACUCAGGGCAUAUAUUUUUUAUGCUGUAAAGAACUUGUUCUCGUGACAAUGAUAGUCUGUAGAGAAUAAUUCCAAACUGUGCUUGCAUUAGUGCCCUGUAAUGUAAUGAUAUAUAUAAUAUACUUCAUUCAUGUAUUGCCAAAGAAUUUCAAUAAUCAUCAUAUUUCUUGUCUUCCAAUCAUAAUACAAUCUACAUGGUGUUCAAUUAAACAAAUGUAUAAGCUAUGAGAUUCAGAUUGUAAUUGAAUGGCUUAUUUGACUAUGUUCUGUGGGCCUGCAACUGAACAUAGUGUAUUUACGCAUUACAUGUUAUCUUUUAUUGUAAUGUUGUUUUAUAUAUAAAUAUUUCAUUCUUGGU